GCCAGAAAUUCUCGUGUGCACAGGGUGCAAUCGCUUCCAUCGGACAUACUAUGAGGCAGCUCCUCCUCAUCGUUGGGCUGGGGGCUGCCCGCGCCUUCCUGAAAGGCGGCGGCGGCGGUGCUACGUGUGCGGCGGACGGGGGGUCGAGCAUCUACAUCGAAACCAUCGACGACAGCGGCAGCGUGCCCGUGCGCCGCAUCCAGUUCUCCGGCUGCCCGAACCACGAGUCGUACUGCACGGGCAAGCCCGGGCGGUCGUGCGGUGACGAAGGUAAAACGUCGACGCUGGUCGAGGGCACCGAGCAGUGCGACGAGGUGGAGGUCCCGGCCUACCCGAAGUUCAAGGACUCCCAACCUGAUCCCAAGGAGCUGGACUGCACCAUGGGUACCAUCGCAUAUGCCUUAAACGGCGUAGGCUUCUUCUCGGGCGCCGUCUCGUACGUGCGCGGCGGCGACUGCCCGCAGCUCGACGUUUCGGACCCCGAAGCCGAGUGGAUCAGCUUUGACUGCUGCACCGGGCACUCGACGGGAGACGGACUGUACCACUACCAUUUCCCUCCCUCGUGCCUGCUCGCUCAGGCCGAGGCCGACGCGCCGAUGGGCACAACAGUAGCGAACGGGCACUCUCCGCAGAUCGGCUGGGCACAAGAUGGCUUCCCGAUCUAUGGGCCUUAUGGGCCAGAAGGCGUUCAGAUCCAGAAUUGCGGAAGUGCGGGCGCGCACGCAACCUACUGCCAGGACGAGUGCGGCGGCCUCGAGAUGGAGCUUGACGGCGUUGACAGCUACAAGUACCGCUACUACAUCACGGGCAAGGUCGGCGACCUUGAAUCGCUACCGUCGAACCCCAAACCCGACUCGGAGGCGCUCUACUUCCCGUACACGAUCAGGUGCCACCGUGGUGCGACAGUCGACGAGGCCAAAAGUUCAAUGACUAACGGCUACACGAGCGCCCUCAAGGCCGAGCCUCAUCUCGGCUACACGAAGAUAAGCCCCGUCAAGUGCCUCGACGGCAAGGCAAAGGCGGACUACGACUGGCUCGCCCUGAAAGAUACGACCGAAGCCGUCUGCGACUUCAACGGCGCUGCUUCUGCGGCGCCGCAGGUCGCCGCUCUCGCCAUCGCGGCUGCCGGGCUCGUUGCGAUGCUCUGACCGAGGUUUUAUUUGUAUAAUUAGCUAUCGAAC